UCAUCAUUCAUACUUCAUUUUACUUUAAAGGUUCAAUUUUGAGAGCAAAGGAAAAUUUCCUCCAGGAACAUAGACAGAGAAAGGGACAGUGGUCUUGAGGGGCAAUAACGUAACUACCAAGGCCGCUCACGCCCCGCCCAAGUCACGUCUGCCGUUCAGGCCCCGCCCACGUCCUGCCGCUCACGUGAUCACCCAUCAGUUAUCCCACAAGGAGGCGCGGUGGUCAAGUGACGUGGUAGUACGGGUAUCAUGGCGGCUGUUUCAGUUUUUUCUCGGCUCCGAACGGGUUCCAAACUAGGACCACAGUACGACCAAGAGGGCAACAUUAUCGAGGUUGAAACUCGCGAAGAUGAGGAACAAAGUAUCAAAUUAACAGAAAUUUUAGAAUUGCUGGUUGCUGCUGGAUACUUCAGGGCUAGAAUUAAAGGAUUGUCGCCAUUUGACAAGGUUGUAGGUGGGAUGACAUGGUGUAUUACAACCUGCAGCUUUGACAUUGAUGUUGAUUUGCUUUUUCAAGAAAAUUCUACAAUUGGCCAGAAAAUAGCAUUGACAGAAAAGAUUGUGUCUGUUUUGCCAACUAUGAAGUGUCCUCAUUGCUUAGAACCACAUCAGAUCCAAGGUCUGGAUUUCAUACACAUAUUCCCCGUUGUACAGUGGCUGGUAAAACGUGCAAUUGAGACCAGGGAAGAGAUGGGAGAUUACAUCCGAUCUUUUUCAGUUUCCCAAUUUCAGAAAACCCACAGUCUACUUGAGGAUGAUGACUUCAAGCAACGCAAAGACAAGGCUAUGAAAACAGUCGCAGAAAUUUCUGACGUUUAUAAACCACAACGCAAGUACAAACGGUUAGUUGCAGCAGAAGAAUUGGUGGAUGAAGAAUCCAGAGUCCAUUCUACCCUCUUGGAAUUUGGCCGUAAGUAUGGCUUCAGCAAACAGUCAAAAACUGAAAAGAGCGAGGGCAACAAAGGAGUGUUGGGCACUGAACUGGCAACUGAAGUAUCUGAGGAAGAUCAUCUGCAGGCUGAUGAAGAGCUUCGCAUUAAAAGACUGAUGACUGGAAUGACAGUGAUGGCAACUGAAGAGGGAAAACUGACUGCCAGUUCAGUGGGUCACAUUGUAGGGCUCCAGUCAGAAGAGAUUAAACAGAUUGCAUCAGAAUAUGCCGAAAAGCAGUCUGAGUUUUCAGCAGAGGAUCGUCCUGAACGACUUGGAGCUACUCAGCAGCAUCGAAGACAAGUUGCAUCUCUGAAAAAGCAAAUCUUGCAGAAAUCUAAGCAGUUGGAAGAACUUCAAGUGAAAUAUAGUGAGAUUCGGGCUACAUGUGAGGAAGCAAAGAAGAAACUGGUGGAGGUUGUGAAUUAUGGCCAGAAACUGGAUAAAAAACUGUCUGCUGUUGAAAUUGCAGAAUCCCAGGCUGAUUCUGGCAUACUGGAGAAGUUGAGAGCAUUGGUCACAAUGAAUGAGGGACUAAAGGACCAGGAGCAGGAGUUUAGGAAUCAUUGCCGGGAACAUAAUGAAUUGAUAGAGCAACAAUAUAAAGCCGACAGAGAAAAAUUACAGAAAAUACGACUGUUGUUGGCCCGACGCAAUAGAGAAAUUGCUGUUUUGCAACGAAAAAUUGAUGAAGUACCAAGCAGGGCAGAAUUGACCCAAUAUCAGAAACGCUUUGUUGAACUCUAUAAUCAAGUUGCAGCAACUCACAAGGAAACAAAGCAGUUCUUCACGCUGUAUAAUACACUUGAUGAUAAAAAAGUGUACUUGGAAAAAGAGGUUAAUUUGUUGAAUUCCAUUCAUGAUAACUUUCAACAGGCUAUGGCUGCUACUGCUUCUCGAGACCAGUUCUUGCGCCAGAUGGAACAGAUUGUGGAAGGUAUUAAGCAAAAUCGCAUGAAGUUGGAGAAGAAAAAGCAAGAAAACAAAAUGAGACGUGAUCAGCUGAACGAUGAGUACCUUGAACUGCUAGAGAAACAGCGUCUGUACUUUAAAACUGUUAAAGAAUUUAAAGAGGAAUGUCAUAUAAAUGAAAUGUUAUUGACCAAAAUGAGAACCAAAGGGGCUUCCUGAAUGAUGACACUGGGGAUCCAAGGAAUGGACCUGCCAUUUUCUUUCACAUCAGUGGCCUGAAUUUAUUAUUUAAUAAAAAUGGAGGAAUCGGAACAUGGAACUGAAUGUAUUAUAUCACCUUCUGUUUGUACAAAAGGAAUUUACUCCAAGUUAACACCUUUCUCUAUCCAUGAGAUAAUAAAAUGAUCUUCCUGAGCAAAUUUGUUGCUUUGAAACUAUAA